AUGGCUUCGAAAUGCUCCUCACAGUGGCAGCUCUAUCACAUUGGGCCAUGGCACAGACGCAAUUUCAGAUAUGGCAACUUCUACAUCUCGUGUGCUUUUGCGUUUGCCAGUUGUCUUGUUCGUCCUACGAACGGUAUAAUCUGGUUCUUUUUGGGGACACGCUUCUUAUGGGAACGACCAUGGUCAUAUCAAUUGUUUAAGCUCUCGGUUACGAUUUUACUUGAGCUUGGCGUCGUAGUGGGUGUCAGUACCCUCUUGGAUUAUGCAUUUUACGGACACUGGACUUUUCCCACAUAUAAUUUUCUCGAGUUCAAUGUGUUUCGGAACUUUUCCAUAUUCUACGGGCUGGCUCCGUGGCAUUUUCAUGUUGGGCAGAGUUUACCAGUUCUCUUAACAACCCAGUUCCCCCUCGUUGUGAUCUCUUUUGCUGCGAAUUGGUACUCAACACUAAACAGUUUGGUUGCGCUCAACAUUGCAGCAUUUUCGCUCAUCUCCCACAAGGAGUUUCGGUUUCUAUACCCUCUUCAGCCAAUCUUCAUGGUCAUGGGAGCACCGGUGGUGCUCAAGCUUUGGAAGUGGAAAUGGAAACCAAUACUAUUUUCCAUAUACUUGAGUCUUCUGGUCGCAAUCGCAUUAUUUUUCACUCAAAGACAUGAACGAGGAGUACUAGAAGUGGUGCAACUUCUUUCCUCUGAUCCCUCGGUAAGCAGAUUUGCUGUACUAGCCCCAUGUCACUCUACUCCAUGGCAAUCCCAUUUGCAUCAAAAGCGGCUCGAAGAUUCUUGGUUUGUUACUUGUGAACCUCCAAUUGGACUUGAAGGGUCUGGUUCAACUAUUGUCGCCAACUACAAAGAUGAAGGAGACAUUUUUUACAACGACCCAGCCACAUAUAUCAAACAAUUGCAGCCUGGCUUGUCACAUGUAGUGGCUUUUGAACCUCUCCACGAGUUGCUUACUCUGUUGGGAUAUGUCGAGCAAAAGCGAUUUUUUAAUAGUGAUUUCCACUGGGAUCCUCGGCGGUGGGGCGACAUCAUUGUCUACACCAGCCCGCAGCUAGUAUAA